AGACGUUCACGCUGAUGCACAUACUAAAUACCGGUAGACACGUUUUUAUCACGAUUGACUAAAAAGUGGACAACGUGUUGCUUGCAACCCGACUGAAACUACUACAACGUCUGUUUGGCUUUUUCUUCGGUAGCUAACCUUGCUAGUCACUAUCAUUUGGGUCUGCUAGUAGCAGAUGCUACAGAUGUUUAGCAUGUCUGUAGGUUGCUAACAGAGGCUAGCUUCACUAGCUUGAAUCAGGUGCUGUGCUAUAUUGUAACGUUAUCUACAGCACUUAAGCAGGGGCUUAUGUAUUGUUAUAUACUGUAUCGUUAGAUCCAACUGUGCGAAAGAGAAGGGAGAGAAACCUAAGGCGUCACUGUUAAUAGCACGCUAUGAAUGUAGGGCCCGCAUAUUUCAGCACUGGCCUGUCAACAUUAAAAGAGCAAGCAUGAGCAGCCUGGAUCAAGACCAGCGUCUCCAUCCCAGUUGCCGUGACAAAACAACAGUCUCUAGUGAUUCAUCAGACACUCAUGAGCUUGCCAAGCAGCCUCUCCAAGAUCUAAAAUUGGCAUCGCAUGCAGUGCUGGAGAAGGCGCAGGAGAGGGGCAGGUUGAAAUGCUCUAAAUGUGGAGGAUCAAGGAUGUUCUUCUGCUACACAUGCUGCUCAUUACUGGGUGUCAGCCGGCAAGAAAUCCCUUUAAUCAAGACUGUACACAUUGUAUUUUGUGUUCAGCUUCCUGUGAAGAUAGACAUCAUCAAACAUCCCAAUGAGACAGAUGGCAAGAGCACUGCAAUCCACGCAAAGAUCCUCGCACCCAGUGAUGUCACCAUAUACACUUACCCCUGCAUACCUGACUAUGAAAAGGACAAGGUGGUGUUGGUGUUCCCGGGGCCAGGGGCUGUCUCAGUACAUGACAUGAUGCAGUGUUUGCAUGACAUGACUGAUAGCAGGUCACAUGACUUCUCUGAUGAACCCUGUGUAAAGAGGCUGAAAAGUGAGGAAGAUCAAGAGGCCACACACACUGCACAGGACCCGGAGUCAGGGACCCCAGAUGAAGCAAAGGGCUUGGAGUCAAGGGCGUAUCCCCUACAGAGGGUGGUCUUCAUUGACAGCACAUGGAACCAGACCAACAAGAUCAGCACAGAUGAGAGACUCCAAGAUUUGCUCCGGGUAGAGCUGAAGACGAGGAAAACGUGUUUCUGGCGCCGUCAGAAGGGCAAACCAGACACCUACCUAGCUACAAUCGAGGCUAUUUAUUAUUUCCUCAAGGACUUUCACGAGCAAUGCCUCGCUCAGGAGUACAGCGGAGAAUAUGAUAACCUGCUCUUCUUCUACUCCUACCUGCACUCAGUUGUCAACAAAGCUAGAACUGAUGCUGGAAAAUGCUGAGGAAUGCUGCGAGGAAAAACUGAAAUCAGCUAUGAGAGACAAACAGUGUGAUCGAUUUUAUUUUAUGGCUGAGUGAUAUUUUAUUUUGUAAGGGAUACUGGGACAUCUAUUUGUAAGAUGUAAAUUUUGGAUGAAUAUGCAAUAAAACAUGAGGCAUGACACUCGCCAGACAUGAAUGAGAUGUGUUUGAUACAUGAGUAAAUACAAGACAUAUAACUCUGAAAUAAAAAUCCAACAGUUUUAACACAGACUGGACAGUAGCAAUCUAUCAACCAAAACCACAUACAAAAAUAGUUAAUUGGGGUAUUUUAAAAUCACAUGGAAAACAGCGUUACCUUGUUUUUUUUUUUUCUUUAAUGUAAAUUGUUGGAAAUUAUUUAGAUUUAAUCAGAAAAGAAAUGACGUUUUGUGAAUUUUGGUGUGACCCUGAGAAUUAAUCUUAAUUCUUAGAAGUAAGUCUUUUCGGGCAUUUUAUUUUUGAUCUUCCCGCUUUAAUCCAUUUUAGUUGUGGUAUGAUUCAUCUAUUUGAAUCUUUAAGGAAGACUUCAUCUCUCAUGAUCAUUUGGAUAUCUAUUACUCACCCCAUGUUACAUUGAAUUUGUGAAGAAAACUGUUUUUCUUGCAUGCCUCCAGUGAAUGAAGAAUCCAAAAACAGAUUUAAUUAAUUCAAGUCAUAGGGCUCCAACAGCAAAACUUUACCAAAAUAUCCAUUUAUAAACUCCCACACAACUUGUGUUAUAUAAAACAAAUCUCAUUUAUCCAGUUGUAUGCUCAGUCAGUACUUCCAAAGUAAACUGUAACUAUAAAAUGAAUGGAUGCUUUGCUGCCUCAGAACCUGGUGUCGGAGAAAAAAUAAACAAUUAUUCACUGGGCUGACUGCUGGUGACUUUUAAGGUGGAAUGUUAACUUGUAAUGUUACUCAUUGUAUGAGCUGACGACAUGAAUCAAUCAACACACCUUAAAUUUCACUGUAACAACUUUGGCCAUCACUUUAAUUUUUAUACGACAUACACUUUUAGUAAUGAGUGGAACUUAAAGCAUUUAUAUAUAUAUUAAUUUUAGACAGAUUACGUGAACUGUAUAUAUUCUAAUCCUCACUCGGAGAAAAAAAAAAAGAAAAAAAAAAGUGGAGCGGUGUUCCUGCGUGCUAUGGCAACACUAAAACCCUGAGCUUGCCUGAGAAGGACUAAAUGCACAAACCGACUAUUUCUAAAUAUCCCAUGGAGAGAGACUCUCACUGCAGCCUGUUUUAUUUUGUUCUGAAAAUGUCUGUGUGCAGCCUGUGGACGAUAAACAAGGUGCAGACUUCCAUCUGUGUCACCAAUAAUGAGGAAAUACAGUGAGUGACAACAACCCCGCCUACAUUUAAGAGUACUGUUUGUGGUGGAAAUGCUAGGUCUCUUAAACCUUAAGGUACCAUACCUUAAGAGUUUGGUGGAAACAGGACUAUACUCUGAUGGAGGAAGUGGGAGACCAGCAGCUCCUGUGUUCAGUGAGGUAAAAUUACUGUUUUUACCAGUGGAGUUUUGCUCUGAAGAGAGUAUAGUUAAUUUCUACUUUCAUUUUAGUUCUCUGUUAGAAAAGGCUGUCUGUUUGUAAGUACUAAGAAUACGACUGGACAAAUGAGACUUAGAUUAUACUGCACAAGUUGUAUGAGAGUUUGUGCAUGAAUGUUUGAUGUAGUUGUGCUAUUAAACGUGGACCCCUAUGAUUUCAAUUUAAGAAUUUCCUCUGUUCCACUGUAGGG